AUGGCACAGCCGCGGGCGACAACGCCGCUAUCACCACAGUUCUGCUUCUCGACGGGCACACUACGAGAAUUCUUGCGCUUCUCUCGUUCGACUGUCGACGACACCAUUAGCCAAAAUCUCAACGCUCUGCUGACGCCCGCUCGAGCCGGCUUCGAUCCUCGUUCGACCUCGCAACGAACUUCAAAAUUAUUAGGGAAAGAUGUAAAUGCCAAUCGCUGCGACAGUUUCAUCAGCGAGGUGUUAUUUCCUGCGUGGGAUUCCCGUGCACAAGUAUUUGAAUUUUGUGCUGCGGUCGCUGCAAGUCCUGAUCUCGACGACCCUGAAGCCACCCUGCGAGAGCUUCAAAGACAAAAGGAUAGCGACCGAGUUGUGGAUGAGCGCUUGGAUCCAUACUCGGGGCGUUUUUGCCCUCGCGAAAGCCGAAUUGAUGUCCUGGCAUCGACUCUUCGCCAGGAGCGUGUCAUUGAGGAUAUUGUUCGCCGCCGCACCUGGGAGGUGAUUCAGGACCGCUGCGAGAAGCCGCCUCCUGAUUGGCGGGCCGCUAUUGCGGCUUGGAAGAAGAGAACCGCCGACCAGUAG